AUGCUGCCGCCGCGCCCCGCUCACCGCGGAGGCUACCUUGCCGAGAAGGAUUCCGAGCGCCGCCCGCAUGGGGGGCUGCAGCCAACAGAAUUAUUAUUGCCCCCGCACGGGCCGCUAAGGCGGGAAAAAGCACCGAAUGAGACCAACAGCACAUGUUCCGCGGUCACAGCUGCUGCCGGUGCCUUAUCGUUGACCCCGCCGCCUCCUCUUCUCCCUUCCGCUUGCACCGUCAGUAACGGGAGUGCGGCAUUGUCACGCUUGCCGGGCCGAUCGGUGGGCGCCUGCACGCUCGCACCGCCCUCGCUGGAGAUCUCUCAUGAUGUGUGGCUUGCGACAGGCCAUCGCCACGGUGAGGCAGAAGCGCCAGCUGCCGCACGCCGCAGCAGCCAAGGCAUGGCCGCCAUUACCACUAUGACAGUUGGGGGUGUAGACCUUGCCACUGUGCGUGACUCGUCAGCGGUUACGCUGUCAGUUACUGACGCCUACCAGGAGGCUCUUCUUUUGGUUGCCACGUAUGCAGACGGUUGUGGUGAGAGUGAGGCGUGGCAUCUGCGGCAGUGCCGCUGCACGGAGAAUCUGCUGCGCUACAUCAUCGGACUGGAGCAAGAGAACGAAGUGCUGCGCUUGGCACUAAUUGAAGGGUCGGAGCGACGCCUACGACGGCGGUUUUGCGGUGGCCUCAGCCGCGACGGCGGCUACGACCAGCAGCAAAACGAUUUCUCUUCAGUCAGGGAGUUUUCCUCUAACCACCACCUGCAACAGCAUCUUCUUCAGCGCGUGAAGGAGGUUGAGCAAAAUGUCAGGAGUUACUUUCAGGACGAGUUGGAAAGGCUGCAAAAACAACACACAACCGAUACUGCUGCUGCGGUGCAAGGUGGUACGAGAGGCGAGUCCUACGAGUCUACGCUUGCGCAGUCGGAGCGACGGCGUUGGAAAGAGCAUGUGCGACACACGGUGGAGGAACUCACCCUGCUGCACCGCGAAAAGGAGAAGCAGGCCGCUGGUGUUACCGCGACAUCAGUGGCGUUCAGGACAGAGGGGAGUGGUUGCCGUCAUGCGCGGGAUGGGGGUAACUGCGACAGUGCUGACAGCCGCAUUGCCGUGCUGCAAACGGAGGUGGAGCACUGGAAGUGCGAGGCUGAAAAGGCACGGGCACACGCCAAAUUGUACCAGGACCAGGCGCUGAAGGAGUUGCAGCACAUGCAUGCCGUCUACAGGAAUGCGCUGGGAGAGGAGCGGUCCGCCUUUCCGGGCGCUGACGCAACGCCCCUGGCGACAGGAGGGAUGGUUGGAGAGUUGACCGUGAGUGACGCGGCUCAAGAGCAUACUGCAGACGAGGCUGCCGCCCCUCCUACUCCGAACCUCCUUGCCCCAAGCUGUAUCAAGGAGGAGAAGGAAAAAAAAGAGACGUAUGUUGAAAAGCAAGGUGACCAGGCAGCUUCCCGUGGCUUUCCUCGCCAUACUUCUCCCCCGUUAUCCCGCGCCACAUCACGUGCCUCAGGGGGAGGCGAAGAGGCGGAGAAGCGUGCCGCGACCGCGCCUCACUUGUUUGAUGCCACAGUGGGCCCAACAGAAGCGGCGGCGGGAUCGCAGAAGUUGGCACGGCGGUCGUACCACUCCGACGUGUACCUUCGACGAGAGAGUGUCACCAACGACGAACGGGUGUCUGCGGGAGUGUGA